CUCCCCUUGGCUCCGAAUUUUCCUCUAGGAUUUUUCCGACGCCAAAUGUCGGAGAGUUUCAAGUUUUGAGAGUCUGGAGAUCGGAGACUCCAGGACAUCACGUGCUUUCUUCUUCUCGCGUGCCCUCUGCGUGUGUAUUUGUGUGGGUGUUUAUGUGUUUGCGUACAUGUGAAUGAGUGGAAAAGCGACUAUUUCAGCUUGUGGCAACGCCUGGAGUCGACAAGCUCAGCACUUUUGGUAACCGCCACUUUGACGUUGAUCCUCUCCUUUUGUCCACUUCUGACUGACCGUGGUUGUGGUCACCGAAAGUGGGGCACACGCUGGAUUGUCUCAAGUGCUACCAACGCAAAAGCACGCCGACAAAGUACUGCAAGCUACAAACUGAUAUUCAUCUACUCGCCAAAAAUCAUAAAUGGCCAUAAGAAGGAAUUGAAAAUCUCCAGAGAGCUGUUUGUUCGGUCCAGCUUUAGUAACUGUAUGGAAUUGCAUCUGUCACUCAUUACGGUCAAGACCAGUUGAAUAACUCGAGCAAAGACAUGCACGUGUGUUUUGUUGUUAAAGAAACACUUUUAUGAACGUUUUAUCAUAACUAUGGAGAUCUUCAGUCAUGGUAUUCACUCUUUUGUAAUUCCCCAUGUAGAAAAUUCGAUACGCUUAACGUGAUCUGAAAUUCAAUUCUGGAAACAUUGAUAAAGACCAACACUCCACUGCCUGGCGAUCCCCGCUCUUGCGCAACUUUCAACAUGAAGGAGCUUUUGGAGUCCGUGAGCAUGAACGAGCUAAACCUCAUGCUCACUGAAGAUAUCCUGGGCCCAUUCUCGGACCAAAAAACUCUGAACGAGCUCAACGACACCCCGGACAUCUGUGAUGACCUUGACUUUGAUCCCUCCAUUGGCCUCUUCAACUUCAGCGAGGACGCCCUCAUGCAGGACUACCUCUUCUCCCGCGGAACUGGGUUCGGAACUUCUGAUCCCGGAUUCGCCGACUUCCGGUCAGCUGUGACGUCACUUAACUCGCUGGGUAACACGCACGAAGAUGACCGGAAAUCCAGGGAUCUGGACUUUUUGCUGAGUGACCCGACUGAGCUAAGUAGGUCAAACGAGAAGUCUGGCCCUCUGCCUCACGUGGAAGAAGCCUUUGGUGUGCACAUCAAGAAAGAGAACAAGUUCUCUAGAAACUUCAGCAGCAACGUUGGAGGUCUGACCAGUACUGCACCCAUCGACUUUCCCUGUCCUGAACGAGAGCAGUGCGGCGCGGGCGAAAUUCAUGGCGGUCACUUCGGAUCAAGAGACGAAAUGUUGUCCAGCAGUGAAAGCAGCAGCUCGUGUUCCGAAGGCGGUUGGGAGAUGUCUGGUGAGGACAACAAGGAUAUGGUUGUCUUAGGUGUGGACAUCUCUAACCUCAUGCACGACUACGCCAUCAAAACUCCGCCUGCACACGCCCUCGCCCCCACUCCCCCCACUCCCCCCGCCCCUGCGCGGCAUAAAGGUAGUACCAAGCCUGUGGGCCACCUCGUACCCUCCCACUUCCUCACUAUCAACGGCAACACACAAGCCUGUGUGUACGCCCCGCCAGUCUCGUCCCCAGCCAGCCCUGCCAAUCUCUUACCGUCCACCGAUACCUAUGUCAUCACCACCAGCACGUCACUCCUUCACAAGUCCACUAGUCUCCUGGAGAAUAGAGCCAGAACAACCAAUCCGAGACUCAGGCUGCCCAACGGAGCGGGGCACCUGAUGACGUCAGGAGUGGACCCCAUGUUAGGAAACUAUACGGCAGAGCCCAAGUCGCCCUCAGGUAGCCCUAGUUCUCUUUGUUCUCUAGACAGCUCCAGUGGCUUUUCCACCUCAUCAUUUUCCCCGUCGUCAUCGUCGUUAUUAUCAUCAUCGCCAAGUGGUCAUGUGAACAAACUUGAGGACAAAAUCUACCCGUGCACUUAUCAGAACUGUAACAAGAUCUACAGCAAAAGCUCCCACCUCAAGGCCCACCUUCGACGUCACACAGGAGAAAAGCCUUUCCACUGCUCUUGGCCUGACUGUGGCUGGAAGUUUUCCCGCUCGGAUGAGCUGGCCAGACACAAACGUUCUCACUCGGGAGUGAAGCCCUACAAAUGUGACGUGUGUACCAAAUGUUUCAGCCGUUCCGACCACCUCGCCAAACAUAGAAAAGUCCAUAGAAAGAACAGAUAGAUAGGUUCAGUAUUAAAUAGAGAUACUUAAAACAUUUUAAGACUUCAAUAUUUCUUUAAAAUAUUUUGCCUGUGAGCUUUGGACAGAGACAAACUCACUGCUGGAUACACUAUGCUUUAAGUCAUGUUCACGCUGACGAGGACGCGUUGAGACCUUGUGUUUUAAGACAAUGUUCUCGCAGUGAUUGAAAAGAAAGCCGAGGUCUCCCGUCAGCUGUAUUCGCGGAGGAAAAGACAAGACUGACUUCAAUAACUUUAGGAAUAUUUAUAUCUGUGUUGUGAAAUGGCAUUCAUUUCCAUUUAUCAAUUCCCUUUUACCAUUGACUCUCACGUCACAGUUCGUCAUGACAUCCUGAAGUCGUUGCGACAGCUCAAAGAUGAAGGGAACGGGGAAAAGGGGAUGGGGAGAGGGAGGGCGAGGGAGAACGAGGAAAUGUAGGGGUGAGGGAGGGGGGGGGGGAGAAAGAAAAUAUGGAGAUGGGGAAUGAAUGUAAUCCAAGAUCCCAUCAUUGUGCCUUAAUGUUGUCCUCGAUUUACAUAGAAACCUGCUGAUCAGCCAUAGGAAUAGCCUACAAACUGACUAUAAAAACAUUUUCUUAUUUCUCCUUCUGUUAUCCUGUGUACAAACUAUCCCAUGCAUGCAGAAUUUGGAUGUGUCCAGGGACGGGAGGUGGGUGGUGGGUGGUUGGUGGUUUGGGUAUGUGUCCUCAGUGGCUCAUGGUGUCAGUCAGUCUCUUCUUUCUGAGCUGCGAGUGUCCAGAUCAGGACGGACCACCACACCCGCCACAUAUGACGUAAUAGUGAAUACUGAGUGACCACCGUUGACCACAGAUGACAGCAUAGAUCUAAUCCAAACAUUCCUCUUGUCAUACAUUCCCAAUUGUUCCGGAUUCCGCUUUACUCUUGUUGCUGCUGAACUGCUGAAAUAUAAUAUUUAAUUUAUACUUUUUCCAGAUAGCCUUAUUUUAUGAUACUUUGGUUUUCUUUACCUUUUACCGCUAUGUCUUCCAAAACGACGUAACGUGUAAUGUAAACUCAGUACCAAUAAUGCUCAUGAGAAAUCAAAUCGGUUGUACCUUGUAAUUAAGACAUGGUGGUACCAGAGAGUUGGUUACAUUGACUUUUUGACGUAUACCAUGUGAGAGAAUUGGCCUCGGACCCCUACUGUCUGGUAAUGUUCUGAUGUGGGAAGAGAGAGAGGAGAGAAUAGAUAGAUAGAUAGAUAGAUAGAGA